GUUACUGAGAGAGAAUCUUCUGAGUGUGGUGUCAAGAGGAAUCGAUUAUUGGGUUUAAUUAUUGAAUUUGUUUGAGUAUGGCGGCAAGAUCUGGAGAAAAAACUUGCGAACAAGUAACACAAGAUGCACUUAAUCAGACAGGAUUCGGAAUAUUUAAUUUAAAAAUAUUCGCAACCUGUGCAUUGAUAUGCGUGAAUGGAAGUCUUGGAUUGGGGAACGUGGGGUUGAUAAUACCAGCAGCCGCAUGUGACUUCAAAAUGUCAACUGUCGCCAAAGGAUACAUGGCAAUGAUGCCGGUUCUGGGGAUGGUAUUUGGACCCUAUUGCUGGGCAACCCUAGCUGAGAUGAAGGGUCGAAGAAUUGGACUGAUUAUAUCCCUCAUAUCUCAUGGCGUCGGUGACAUAACAGCGUCGGUUAUUUCCAAUUUCUGGGGACUAUUGGUGUGCAAAUUCCUGGUGGGUUUCGGAUUUAGCGGGCAAUUUGCACUCCUCUUCACUUACCUGGGAGAGUUUCAACCCUGCAAAGUUCGUGAUCGUCUGCUGGCAUGGCUGGAGCUGCCCUGGGUGAGCGGUCUGCUCUUGACCGCCGCACUGGGUUGGGCUAUUAUGCCUCUGAACAUCAAUUACGAGAGUACAACGACAGGCUUCAUUUUCAAGUCCUGGAGCCUUUACUUGUUAAUAUGUGGAUUGCUAUCACCAAUUCUUGCCCUGUGGAUCGUUUUCCUGCCGGAGACACCGAAGUACCUUGCGGAGACUGGACAGCACAAGAAGUUGUUGGAACUCUUCGGCGAUAUUUAUCACGCCAAUACGGGACAGCCUAAGGAUCAAUAUCUGGAAAUUAUUAAAAAAAUGGAAAACCCAGGUCUCAAUAAUUUAAUAGCCAGAGCUCAGGAAUACUCAGCACCGACUCAUAAAAGCAUUCGGCAAAUGGUGUCUCAAUAUAUGAGACAGACCAAGGAGAUCAUCAAACCCCCACAUUUGAAGACAACUAUUCUGAUGUCCAUAGCUUCGUACACUGUAACAGCUCCAUAUUACACUCUCAUUUUUUGGCUGCCAGAAAUAUUCCUGAGGUAUUCGAUAUUCGAGGAAUUAUACCCAGAGAAAACCGCGAGUGUUUGCACCAUCUCCAAUGCACUGUACGCCGCCAAUGCAACUCAAAAAAGGGAGCCGGACUACUCGGACUGCACUAAAGUACUCAGUGAGAGUGUUUAUUUCCAUAAUAUGAUCCUGGGGGCAACAUCCGUUCCAGUCGCAUUUUGGUUGCCCCUUUUUGUCGAUAGAUUUGGCUACAAAAUACACUUAGUUGGUGCGUCCCUGUCGAGCGCGCUAUUAGCUUUUGGUUUAUUAAUCGUGGAGACGUCGACGCAAAAUUUGAUCAUCGCAUGUUUAUUCGAAGCCCUGGCAUCCGUGAGCAUAACAAUAGUACUGUGCACUGCUGUCGAGCUAUAUCCCACUCAUCUUAGGGUUAUUGCCUCUGCACUUGCUGCAUUUGUUGGAAGAAUGGGAGCUUUUGUCGGUAUUUCAAUGGUUGGUUAUCUUAUCGAUGACUACUGUGUACCCUUGAUCUUACUCAUCGGAUCGCAUCUAGUUGUGGCCGGCAUUACCGGGAUAUUCAUCCCCAUUCGCAAAACGAAACAAGAGUUUGAGAAACGAGAAAGAUUGACGGCGAAGUUGGCUGAGAGUACGAAUUCCCAAUUGUGAUAAUUUCAAAAAUUGUAUCACCAGUUUUAUUUGAAUUUUAUAAAUACACGUCAUUUUUUAUACGCUUUCAUUCAACUUACUCCUGUUAAUUGUGUAAAUAUAUUCCUAUUCUGAUGUACGUAAAAUUGAGUAAAUCAUUUAUCGAGAGAAACAUUUAA